CUGACUCUCUGAAACUUCUGCUAUCUUUCCAUUUGAUGCUGAGAUCUAUCAAUGACAACGACGAGUGCUCUGAUUGCAUCAAAAAUGACAUCGAGGCUGACUUCAAUCCUGUCAAAUGCUAACGUCGAGACUGCUUUUUCCCAUAAGAAAGUUAUUGGUGAAGGGGACAGGGAUUCUGUACAGUCUUAAAUUUCAAUCUGAGUGGAACUGUAGUGAUUCAUUGUUGUAUUGCCUGAGAGUUGCAAAUAACGUACCUUCAGCCAAGGAUGCAUCAGACAGAGCAUUGGUCCAACACAAGGGAUGCUUUAAAGUUGCUUCGGUAGAUCUGAGUCCUAAGAUGCUGAAAGCAGAGCAAGAGCCUAGAAAUGGAUUUGAUGCAUUUCACUUUGUUAACAAACAAGGGGAUUUGGGAAGUGGCCUUGCAACAAUAGCUACAAGUAAUGGGAAGACAGCCCUGCAAUCAGCGGCGAGGAAUGGACAUUUGGAGGUUUUCAGGUCACUUUUAGUGGCAGAUCCUGGGAUUGCUACACAGACUGAUAAAACGGGACAAGCCACACUUUCCAUGGCUGUCAAAGAGCAGCAUAUUGAGAUCAUGGACAGGGCUGGAUUCAAGCCAAGUCUAGCCUGAAGAUGGGCUAACUUGGCUUGAGUUCGGCCCAAAUCUUAUAUAACUAGUUUGAACUCAUUUGAAAUGACAAGAGAUGUUGUCAAAAAUCGUCAGCAAAAUAAAUAGUCAUUGCUGAAAUGAACAGUUUCAUCAAAGGGGAUUCAGAUCAAGUGUAAGUCAGUCCAUCGAAAUGAAACUCUAAUUUAAAUUUGGUUUAAAUCAGAUUAAAUAAUAAUUCUAGUCAAACUUGCUCA